CUUGACUUCCCUCUCCUCUCUCGACACAGGGGAGAAAAUCUCGCGUUGUUGGCCGUUUUUUUUCUCUCUCUCUCUCCCCACCUCCUCCACCACCACCCCUCCUCCCCUCCCUUUCUGUCUCUCGAUCUCUUUUCCUCUCUGAGUGCAUGAAACCCGGAGCGCAUGAGAUCUCCUCCCGAAACCUGAGAGCGCAGUCACCGAAACGAGAGGCGAUACACCCCGCACAACAUGGCUACAAUUGUAACCUCGACCAGGUUCACAGACGAAUAUCAGCUCUACGAAGAGCUUGGAAAGGGUGCCUUCUCGGUGGUCCGGAGAUGCGUUAAAAAAUCAACUGGCCAGGAAUAUGCUGCUAAAAUUAUUAACACAAAAAAACUUUCAGCAAGAGAUCAUCAAAAACUGGAACGAGAGGCCCGGAUCUGUCGUUUGCUUAAACACCCCAACAUCGUCCGACUCCACGACAGUAUCUCUGAAGAAGGCUUUCAUUACCUCGUCUUUGAUCUUGUCACCGGUGGAGAGCUGUUCGAAGACAUCGUUGCCAGAGAGUAUUACAGCGAGGCCGACGCAAGCCAGUGCAUCAAUCAGAUCCUGGAGAGCGUCAAUCACAUCCACCAGCAUGACAUCGUGCACAGGGACCUCAAGCCAGAGAACCUGCUCCUGGCCAGCAAGCUGAAGGGUGCGGCAGUGAAGCUUGCUGACUUUGGCCUGGCCAUCGAGGUUCAGGGAGACCAACAAGCAUGGUUCGGGUUUGCGGGCACUCCGGGCUACCUCUCCCCAGAGGUCCUGAGGAAGGACCCCUACGGCAAGCCCGUGGACAUCUGGGCCUGCGGUGUGAUCCUCUAUAUCCUCCUGGUGGGAUACCCGCCCUUCUGGGACGAAGACCAACACAAACUCUACCAGCAGAUCAAGGCUGGAGCGUACGACUUCCCCUCUCCCGAGUGGGACACGGUCACCCCUGAGGCCAAAAACCUCAUCAACCAGAUGCUUACCAUCAACCCGGCCAAGAGGAUCACUGCUGACCAGGCCCUAAAGCACCCAUGGGUCUGCCAACGCUCCACUGUGGCAUCCAUGAUGCAUCGCCAAGAGACCGUGGAGUGUCUGCGCAAGUUCAACGCCAGGAGGAAACUGAAGGGAGCCAUCCUCACCACCAUGCUUGUGUCCAGAAAUUUCUCGGUGGGCCGGCAGCACACCAGCCCUGCCGCCACCACCAGUACCGCCGCGCUGGCGCAGGAAGCAUGCAAAAGUUUACUAAACAAAAAGUCGGACGGAGUGAAGAAAAGGAAGUCCAGCUCCAGUGUUUAUUUAAUGCCGCAGACAAACAACAGUAAAAACAGUGUAGUAAGCAGCAGCAGCACCAAAGACAGCAGCAUUUCAUCCUCCGCACCGAUGGAACCACAGACCACAGUCGUGCACAACCCAGCCGAUGGCAUCAAGGGGUCCACAGAGAGCUGCAAUACCACUGAAGAGGAGGAUAUGAAAGCGUCUGCCGGCGGCGCUAGCAGCGACAGCGCGGUGGCGAGCCAGUGCAGCGCGACCGAGGAGCUGACGGGCCAGGCGGAGUCCCCUCAGUGCCCGCCCGCCACCGGCCCACUGCAUGAUGUAAAACGUAUUGCGUGGAACAGUUCAGGGCAGGGGUCCUGUCCAGAGUUAGAGCAUGCUCAGCCCGCGCCUCCUGCCGUGCCUCUAGGGGGCAGCAGCGCACAGCAGUCCCGCAAGCAGGAAAUCAUUAAGAUCACAGAGCAGCUGAUUGAAGCCAUCAACAACGGGGACUUUGAGGCUUACACGAGAAUUUGUGACCCUGGGCUGACCUCUUUCGAACCCGAAGCGCUUGGAAACCUAGUGGAAGGCAUGGAUUUCCACAAGUUCUACUUUGAGAACUUGUUGAGUAAGAACAGCAAGCCGGUGCACACCACCAUCCUGAACCCGCACGUGCACCUGAUCGGGGAGGAUGCCGCCUGCAUCGCCUACAUCCGCCUGACGCAGUACAUCGACAGCCAGGGCCGGCCGCGCAGCAGCCAAUCAGAGGAGACCCGUGUCUGGCACCGCCGCGACUCCAAGUGGCUCAACGUCCACUUCCACUGUUCAGGAGCCCCCGCCGCGCCCCUACAGUGAACCCACUGGGCACAGCUUGCUGAAUUCUCCAGCAGAUUGGAGCGUUUCUUCUCCGUGGUGGGAUCGGCGCCGGGAGCCCGGCCGGACGCGACCUCUUGAAGUUUUAAAACACAUGAAAAAAAAAAAAAACAAAACAUAAAAAAGCCAA